CAGUGUAUAUCUCAUGUACACCUUUUAAAUUGUUCAUCUGAUUAAUAAUUUUCGUAGUUAAAACAAUAAAAUAUUGUAUAAAGUUAUAUAAUAAGGCAUUUACUUAAUACAGAUAAAAUGGAUCAAUCGUAUGCAUUUUCAGAAAAAAGCAGUGAUCUAAUAGAUGCCAGAGUUACAACAACUAAUUUAUUUUGGUUACUACGUUUUUGUAUUAACGACAUAUUUUGUUACCGUAUACUUGGUAUAACAUCUAAUCUUAAUGAUGCAAAGAGCAUUAAGAAAGGUGAUAUGGUUAAAAUAAAUGAAAAUAAUGUUGUUGUACUUGGAAGAGUUGUAGCCGCUUCUGCUAAUUUGAAUGUAUUGCUUAAAAACAAAGAUGCAUUGAUUCAACGAGAUUUGAGAAAUUAUGAAGUGAAUCUGAAAAUUGCUGAAAAAUGUUGUAGAGGUGAAUCGAAAAUAAAUCAGAUGAGAAAUAUACUAAGCAGUUUUUUUAACAGAAUUACUGAAAAAGUUUUGAAAACAUUUGAGAAAGAUUUAUUUAUCUUCGGUCCAUAUAAAAUAGUUUUGAAGAUAUUAAAUUACCAAUCUAAGAAUAAGUUUUUGGUAAUGAUUGUUUUUAAUAAGAGGAUUAUAGUCACUCACUGCUUUUGCAUGAAGAGGAGGAAAGAAAAUGCGACGAACAUUCGAAAUUCCUUUUCAAGGGAUGUGAGAGUUGUUCGUGAUUUUCUAAAUAUCGCUAUUAGAAGAUGCAAAAUUACAGUUCUAAAUAGUUUGCGCAUCUUGUACAAAACGAAUUGUACAGAACAGUACAGAAUUACGGUUAAACGCAAUGAAAAAUAAUUGUGUUAAUAGAUUUUGUUUUGUGUAGUCAAAUUUUAAAUACAUAACUAAAGACAAA